GAAAGAUAGGCUACUGUAGGCAGACAGACAGUCAGUCUACUACCAUGUGUUUAUUCUCUGUAAUUAGCCAAUAUCCAGGACCACUAUAACAAAAGUACAGGGCCAUAUUCCCUAUCCGAUAAUUGCAAGCACAAUUUCAGAAGUUACCUAAUUAGUGCGCACUGAUGCUGGUUUUGGCCACCAGACGCGCAGCCCGUGAGGCAUGUCAGGGCAUGUCCAGAUCGGAUGAAGUGGGACUGCAUAGACUAUCGAUAGCGUGCACAAGUAUAGACUCGUGAAAACGAUAGAAAAAGGUGCCCUAAAGUAUUUUCGACAACCUUAUGGAUUGAGUUACAUUGCUGUCAUGGAUUGUUCUGAAACCCAGUACUACUUGAGUGGGGACUGCCACCCUUGUCUGCAAUGUGGACCGGGACAAGAGCUGUCAGAGGACUGUGGUUAUGGAAGUGGAUGGUCGGCUUCUUGCAUCCCCUGUAGUGUCAAGACUUAUAAAGAGGGCCGAGGUUACCACAACUGCAAAUUCUGCCAGUCGUGUAAACGCAUAAACAGGCACCAGAAGUCACUGUGCACCUCUAAGAGCAAUGCUAUCUGUGGGGAGUGCUUGCCAGGAUUCUACAGUAAGACACGGAUGGAUGGCUUGCAGGAAUUAGAGUGCAUGCCGUGUGGUCCCUCCACCACUGAGCAGCAGUGCAGCCGAAGCAGAAGAGUGGAUGUGGGAAAAGUCUGGAGCCCAGAAGGCCCAGCCCAAAAUGCUGCUGUCAUCACCACAAUUUCUUUUGCCCUGGUUACCAUGACAAUCUUCCUCUCCGCUGCCUUGUUUAUAUACUUCAGACAUACCUUACUAAAGAAAAUAUUUAAAGGAUGCCUGGCUCCUCAAAGCACAAGUCAGAGUGACAUGGAGUGUGCAGCAUCCCCAGUGAACGUGGUCACGCUGAAUCUGGAGCAGCAAAGCCAGGACUCGGGUGCAUGUGAUAACUCUACCACCACUGCAGACACGUUGGCCAGACUGCAGUCCAAUGUGGACAUGACUGUCCCUCUGGGGUUCGUUCUACGAAACCCUGACCUUAAAACUCAGGACCAAAUCAACCUGCUGGAGACCCAGCCACUGGUGCGUAACUCCACCUGCAGUAACUGCUCCUCUGGGUUGGUCUCUCAGAUAUCCUCUGAGAUAUCCUCUGAGCCAUCCUCAAUCAGCAGUGAUGUCUCAAUCACAAUGGAGACCCCUGUGGGUCCAGUAGACAUUGGGGAGUCUGAGGCAGGGUCCUUUUUCCAGCCCCUGCAGAGCAGUAAGGGUUACGAUGCUUCUGAGCUGCAGGAUAGCCCUCCCCAUCAGCAUGUACCAGUGGAGUGCACUGAGCUAGACUUCCACAGCACUGCAGCCCUCCACAGUGCCACAGACCCAGACUGUAGCUCUGUGAGCCUGGGGAUUACUGUGAUAUCCGAGAUUAAGGAUGGCCCCUCCGGAGAUGGGUCAGGAGGAAGACAACUGGGGAGUCCAUCUGCCUGCCCAGAGGAGCAAACUGACAGCUGUUGGAGCAGCAGUCAUCAACCCUGCUACAGCAGUAAUGCGAUGGAAGAAACACUGAGCCUGCUGAAGAACUGUAUCCGAAUCAUGCAAGGUGUCCAUCUAGGCAGGCUGCCACAGGCCUUGGUGGAUUCUCUGGCUUUGAAGCUGGACCCAACAUUCCCAGGAGUACAGAACUACCAGCAGGUGGCGCUGAAGAUGGGCGUACCUCACGAGUUGCUCAAAGGCCUGUGCGGGUUUGAUCAUGUCUUUCGGUACCUUUCCUCCUGCACUCUGCUAACAGUACCUGACUUGCUCCACACAUUCUACCUGCUGCAGCGGCUCGACACUCUGCUCCUGCUGUGUGAAUAUGCCAUGCAGAGCCAGACUCAGCGCCAGGUCACAGGAUGCACAUUUUACUGUUAAUACUAACAACUCUUCUGCCAAUACAGCCCAGAGGGCUGACACAAUCAGUAUGCGUACUACUGAACUAGAACUUACCUGGAACAAUGAAAUUGCUCAAACUCUCGGGUGGUGAUGUGUAAAUAUUUGUUUAUAAUUCUGAAUGGAUUAUAUUACAUUUUUUACCUGGUUUCACAUGUAGUGUAUGUGAAUGUUAAUGUGAUAUAAGCCACUGUACGUUUCAAUUAUUUUGUCAUGCAGCAAAUGCUAUGCAGGAAAAUAAUGCAUUCAUAUUUGAAAAGUUUGUCAGAAGAUACAUUUUAGAUGCUUAAGUACUGUACAAACAGUCUUAAUUUGUCUACUGAAUGAAUCAAGUUGUAUUAGUUUUACUUUUUAUACAUGUCUUGGACUUUUAUAAACAAAAUAAAAAAUUACAUUCAGA